CCUGGGUUCUAAUAUUACUCCGCUGUCUUAAACGGUGUUAAACAAAUAUACGUUUUUAUGCGCCCCUUAACUACGAAGACAUUGAUAUUGCGUUUCGGGGGAGUAAAGAUUAGCACUUGGACGCCAACAGGCCGACGGUAGCGUUGUUUUCAGCUCACAGCGCGGACUACGUAACAUGGCGGAUCGACAUCGAGGGCGCUCUUCGCGUUUUCCUUUUUGAGAAAGUGCUCGGAGUUUUUGGUAAUAGAGGAGGAGGGUGAACCAAACCGAGCCGAGUUGAAGGGUCUUGGGGGGGUAGCAUCACUUUCAAAAGUUUGUCACGGUGAUUUACUGAAGGCUCCGAGCCUGCGGACGGGUCUGGUUUGUUUACGUUUUGUGGCCCGGGCGCGUUAGCCUGUGCGUUUUAUUAGCCAUUUACGAGACAGCGCGCUCCGGCUCUUUUAGCUGGUGUUUAGUGACUGUUCAGCAGCCGAAAUAUAAUGUUACCGAUCCGGGUCGGUUCGGCACCAUCUGGAAACGGGUCAGCUUCAGGCAGAGGUAACACGGGACACGGUUCGGGGAUUGUCGGCGGCGGGAUCCGUCCCGUUUUAAUCAGAGUAGGGCAAGCUUUACCGGGGGUCAGCGAGAGUGACGGGCGACAGGGGGAGCGAGACGCCGUCGGGAUGCUGGGGGCUAACGGUCCAGGGGGCUCGAGGGGCGUGAGGCCGGGGAACGGGACUGGCGUGACCCCUCUCCAGACCGUCGUCCAGGGCAACAUGGUGGGGAUAAACACGGGAGUGGUGCUGCCUCACGGUGCCAGGUUCGAACCGGACAGGGAGAGCGCGCCUCUGUGCAGCGGUUCGGAUAAUGACUCGGACUCCGGAGACGACGACGACCCAGUGGGUUCACUCGGGGACAGCAGGAGAGGGGUGAAGCGCGAGCGAGGGGAGAUGGAGGCUGCGGUGACGGGGCAGGAGGUGGGGAUACCUCCCGGAGGUUACGGCAUGGUGCCCGGAGGGGUCGCGGGGGCAAAGCCGGGGAAGAAAACACGUGGGCGCGUAAAGAUAAAGAUGGAAUUUAUCGACAACAAGUUGAGACGUUACACCACUUUCAGCAAGAGGAAGACUGGUAUUAUGAAAAAGGCCUAUGAACUCUCCACCCUGACGGGAACCCAGGUUCUACUGCUUGUGGCCAGUGAAACUGGUCACGUCUACACGUUUGCCACCCGGAAACUCCAACCCAUGAUCACAAGUGAAACGGGCAAAGCGCUGAUCCAAACAUGCCUCAACUCGCCGGACUCGCCGCCGCGCUCGGACCCCUCCACGGACCAGCGCAUGAGUGCCACGGGCUUUGAGGAGACGGACCUCACCUAUCAGGUGUCUGAGUCGGAGAGCAUGGGCGACACAAAGGAUACACUGAAGCCAACGUUUACGGUAGCCAGCCUACCGGGCGGUACAAGCAGCGCCCAGUGCACAGUACCCACCACCUCCACCACCAUGCAGGUGAGCAGCGGCCCUUCGUUUCCCAUCACCAACUACCUGGCACCCGUCUCGGCCAGCGGCAACAUCUGUGCAAACGGUACCGUCCUCAAGACCACCGGCGGCUCCGCGGGGGUCAUGCAGCUACCCAGUGGCUUCACGUUCAUGCCCGCAGGCACUACUCUCCCCCCUGGCACCCCCACCAUUCCUCUGAGCCAGCUGCAGCAGCACUCCCUGGCCCUUCAGGGGCAGCAUGGCCAGGCCCUGGCUGCCGCCCCGCAGCCGAUGCAGGGACAGCAGGCUGUCUUCCGCUUCCCUGCUGCUGUCUCCCUCACAGGACCAGGGCUUUCCCAGCAGCUCCAGGCUAUCCAGGUCCACCACAACGCCCAGUCCAUCUCCGACAGCGGCCUCGACAUCUGCCACACCUCCACAAACUCCACCGCGACGGUAAGUCUCCCGGCAACCAUCGUCACCUCGUCAUUGCCGACGUCUGUUGCGGGUCACAUGAUGUACCCCAGCCCGCACACGGUGAUGUACGCCUCCACGCCGACGCUGACUGACGGGGGACUGGCUGUGCUCAACGCCUUCUCCCAGGGCACCUCGGCCAUGCAGGUGUCCCACGCACAGGCCCAAGACUCAGGUGCCGUCCCUCAGGUGUUCCUCACAGCACCUCCAGGCACGAUGCAGAUCCCCGUCUCUGCGGUGCAGCUACACCCAAUGGUGAUUGGUCCGCAGUCGAGCGGCAGCAGCAGUAACCUGACGGAGCUCCAGGUGGUCAAUUUGGACGCAGCACAAAACUCAAAGAGUGACUGACGGACGGAGCCGUUUCCUGCAGCAGACCCAGAGACAGACUUGCAUACAUCUCUAUUUAUUGAUGCCUUCCUACAGAGUUUCACAUUACACUUGGGAAUGUGACUUUAAAAUGCAUCUACACACACACAAUCAAGGGCUGACCCUUGUACAGUAUGUUUUGGUAUAUAAAUAUAUAUAUAUUCGCAAAUGCAUAGGAAAUGUAUCGCAACAUCUAUCAUAAGAACCUAUUUUCUAUGCCGUUAUUUUUUUGUGUGAGUUUUUUUUUUUGUGGAAAAUGUGUAUUUACAUGUGCACACACACAACCUGCGAGGUGCCACAGCUUCACACCAGCCAAAGAGACAUUUGUUUGUCUGAAUGUUCCAGUGUGAGCAACUUGUGCACAAGCGUGUGUCGGUGUGUGCGCGCGCAUAUCUGGGGUUUGUAAAUGGGUGGGGAGACGCUUAUUGACUUUUGGAAAUGUACAUAUUUUUUUUUUUUUUUUUAUGACUUGUAUUUUUAGCCUGGUUUAGUUUGUGCAACGGCAUGUACUUUUUUUUUUUUUUUUUUUUUAACACGUAGUGGUUUUGUAUGCACAUGAAAUUGAUUUGCCUGAAGAAAAUGAAUUUACAUGUAUAUGUAAAUUAAUUGAAUAUACCAUCAUGUGUUGAUAUACUGACAUGCUGUUGGGAGUUCACUGCAAGAUGGAGAAGGAACGCUGGAUUUUGUUUUCUUCUACAUGUUUUGUUUGACAUCUUGUAGGACUGUCUCCCAAACGGGAUCAUGUAGCUGGGUCACAUGUAAAACAUAAGAUAUUUAUGAUUUACUGUUUUACUGGGAAGGUUUCCAGGCCGACGGCAUGAUCAUUUACUAUGACAUCAGUUUUGCAUGUAAGGUUUCCUAAUGAAGACCUGAUCUGGCACUUGAUGCGCAAACUGUUAAAAUGAUGACAAUCUGAUGGAAAUUUUAUUUCUCACCUUUGACGUACUGCUGUCAGUUUUCAUGUGCACACACAGAAAUGCAGCACCAUUUAAAAAACAUAACCGUUAACAUCCUUAAUGGGAUUAAUUCGUGUCACCUAUUUUUUAAAUGCCACAAUUGUUGACUUGAUCCUUCUAUGGGUAACAAACCUGAGUGUGCCAAACGGGGUUGACAUCAGAUAGCUAUCUCUAUCUAUAUAUAGAUAUCUAAACUUUGUUUAAAAAAAACAAUCCAUCGCCUCAACUUGACUGCAGAACUUUAAUGUUAUGAUGCGAAUACUGACUUGAGUCGGGGCAUUGGACACAAAUCUCGUUUAACAAGACACUGUAUAGAAAUUCCACCUUAAUACUGCAGUUAAAGCAUUGUUUCCUUGUACGGAAGGAAGCGCUCUUAUUCAGUGCAGUGUCGAUGCUGUAGUAUUACAACCGUGAGUAUGAAUAUUUUUGUACAAACAAGGAUCUCUUUAGGAAAAGUGACUUCAGGUGCUUUCAUAAUGUUGACAUACUCCUUUAACAACUGUUAAGACCCUGGCUGACUGCGAUCUCAGUAUGUACCUCAGCAAUCAUUCUAUAUGAGCGUUAUAAGACUGAGGGCCUUCUUUCUGCACCAUAGUGCCUCUUUUCCAUGGCUGGUUUCUAUAUCCCAACUCGGCAUGGGAAAUGUAGGAUCGACUUAUUUCAAGACCACCGUACAUGACUACAUACAAUCCUCUGCUGUGAGAUUUUGUUGACUCAUUUCUACAGAAUUAGCUGAGCAUGCUGGCUUAAAGCCAAAGAGAAUGUGAGCGAGGACAACGUAUCCAUGCCGACUGCUGCUCAGUUAUUCACUGGCUAGGUCAUUUUCACGCUCGCUCGAUGUUCUCUGAUCUGUUCCUGUACAGUGUCAUGUCAACCGAAAGGGUUGUUUGUCGGAAAUCCCCAAUAUUAUCUGAUCUUUCAAAAAUAUUUUUAAAAAGGGGAUUAUUGAACAGAAUUAUUGGUUUCCACUUUGUCAUUGAGAUAAAUGGUUAUAUGUAUUUUAGUUUUGUUGUACAGACCUUUUGUAAUAAAAAACAUAAUGACACAAUGAA